AUGGAAUGCUCGCCAACUGGAUCCGGAGCCAAUUCAUGCCCCUCCACUCACUCCUGUGAAUCCACUUCCGGCUCGACAACGUUCGGAGGAGUAUGCUGUCCACGUCCGCAGUACGUGUGCAAGUUGCCAAGAGAACAGGGUAACUGCGGAACUUACUCCAACCGUUGGUGGUUCAAUGCCAAGACUGGAAACUGUGAAGAAUUCAUCUAUUCUGGUUGCCAAGGAAACGCGAACAACUUUGAAACUUACAAAGAGUGUCAGGAUUACUGUAGAGAUGCCCGAUCGGAACCACAAUGUAUCCAAGGAACCGCUCUUACUGAUUCCAAUGGAAACUUUAUCAUCUGCGGAGGAUCAUCAGCUGCUUCCACCACUUGCCCAGCCAACCACUACUGUUACUACGAUGGUACCACUUAUGGAUGCUGCCCAACUCAAGCCUACACCUGCUCUCUUUCCUACAAAUCUGGAGCAUCUUGCGGUCCAGCUGUCACCCGUUGGUACUACGAUUCCACCACCAGAACCUGUCAAACCUACUCGUUCAAUGGAUGCGAUGGAAACUCGAAUAACUUUGCCACUCAACAAGAUUGUAAGGAUUACUGUAGAGUUGAGUCCUGUCCUGAUGGAGGAGAAGUGUGGAAGGAGCAAAAUGGAGCCGCCCGUGCUUGUACCACCAACAGACAAUGUCCAUCUACCCAUUACUGUACUCCAGUUACCACCUGGACUGGAACCGUUUAUCAGACAAAGAGUCUCUGCUGUCCAUCCAAGAACUUUGUGUGCUCUCAACCACGUGACGUCGGAGUCAGAUGCUCCAGCACCAGAAUCUCCAGAUGGUACUUCAACGCUGAUUCGAAGACAUGUCAGACAUUCGAGUACAACGGAUGCGAAGGAAACAGAAACAACUUUGCUUCCCAGAAAUCUUGUCAAAACUAUUGUCUCUCGGAGGCAUGCCCACCAGGAACUGUUGUUGCCAAGGAUGGAGAUGGUUCUCGUUUGGUGCAAUGCUCAAAUCCAGGUGGAAAUGGAAGAGUUUCCGGAGGAUGUCCAGAUGGAUACACUUGCUAUUCAUCACCACUUUUGGAUCAGAAUGUGUGCUGUGGAGCUUCUACUGAACUUCAAUCUCUCUGCCCAGCUGCCUCCACUCCAUUCAUCUCUGCUCUCUCCCUUCAACCAAUGCAAUGCACACCGAACGUCGACGGUGCUUGCCCUGGGAACUUCUUCUGCUGGUUCUCCACCACUACCACUUCCGUCAAUGCCUUCUACUGCUGCAGAUCUCCAGACAGUGUCGAUACUGGAUACUGCCCACCACAACUCGUGCCAGUGCCAGGAGAGAAUGGAGCUCAGUACAAGUACUGCUCCCCAUCCGCUCCACUCAAUGACGCCAUCCAAGGAUGCGGAGCUAACAGACAUUGUCAGUUCUCUACCAACUUGGAAAGAUACAUCUGCUGUGGACUGGAGUCGGAUGUCCGAUUGCCGAAUGUGUGUCCACCACAGCCAGCCAACUUGGUGCCUGUUGAGUUGGCAGGAAACUACAGGACGUGCAAUCCAUACGCUCGUGCUGGAACUCCUCAAUCGUGUCCUGACAACUCUGCGUGUCUUUACACCGGAAACGACAACGGGUUCAUCUGUUGCAGAGUUCAGCUUGGAAGUGGAAAGAGCUAA